UCCUAGUCAUUUCCUUCUUGUUUCCCCCAAAAAAGCAAAAUCGCUAAAAGAAAGAAAGGAGUGCCAAACUUGGUUCAUCUAUUUUGUUUAUGACUAUUGUUCAUGGACUCCACUAAGCCACAAGCUAGAUUCACGCUGGGCAAGCAGUCCUCGCUGGCACCGGACCGUGACGACUCUGUGACUGUUGCCAAUGACGAGGAGGACGGCUCGGAGGCGAUCGAACCGACGGUUCGGCUGAUGUACCUGGCCAACGAGGGCAAUCUGGGGGGGAUUAAGGAGCUGUUGGACUCGGGGACCAACGUCAAUUUCCGAGACAGCGAUGACCGCACCGCCUUGCAUGUCGCCGUGUGCCAGGGCCACACCGAUGUCGUCCGGUUGUUGCUUGAGCGCGGCGCCGAGGUCAACCGCAAGGACCGCUGGGGCAGCACGCCUCUUGCUGAUGCAGUAUAUUACAAAAACCAUGAUGUUAUCAAACUUUUGGAGAAACAUGGUGCAAAGCCUCCGGUGGCUCCCAUGCAUGUCCAAAAUGCUCGUGAAGUCCCAGAGUAUGAGAUUGAUCCUAGUGAGCUUGAUUUUUCUAACAGUGUUGACAUAACAAAGGGAACCUUUUGCAUUGCAUCAUGGCGUGGGAUUCAAGUUGCUGUUAAAACGCUUGGGGAGGAAGUCUUCACUGAUGAGGAUAAAGUGAAGGCAUUUAGGGAUGAGCUAGCAUUACUUCAGAAAAUACGCCAUCCGAAUGUUGUGCAAUUUUUGGGUGCCGUAACCCAAAGCAGUCCAAUGAUGAUUGUCACAGAAUAUUUGCCCAAGGGAGAUUUGUGUGCCUACUUGAAACGAAAAGGUGUCUUAAAGCCAAUAGCAGCUGUGAAGUUUGCACUUGAUAUUGCUAGGGGAAUGAAUUAUUUGCAUGAGCAUAAACCUGAAGCAAUAAUUCACCGAGAUCUUGAGCCUUCAAACAUACUGCGGGAUGAUUCUGGCCAUCUGAAAGUUGCAGAUUUUGGGGUCAGCAAGCUGCUGAAAGUUGCAAAUACAGUUAGAGAAGACAGACCUGUGACUAGCCAAGAUACGUCUUGGCGAUAUGUGGCUCCAGAGGUUUAUAGAAAUGAAGAAUAUGAUACAAAAGUGGAUGUGUUUUCAUUUGCUUUGAUCUUGCAAGAGAUGAUUGAAGGGUGCCCACCAUUUUCUACAAAGACAGAAAAUGAAGUUCCUAAAUUAUAUGCCACAAAUGAGCGCCCGCCAUUUAGAGCUCUGGACAAGCAGUAUGCGCAUGGAUUAAAAGAGUUAAUUCAGGAGUGUUGGAGCGCGGAACCAUUCAAGAGACCAACUUUUGGGCAUAUAAUUAAGAGAUUGGAAGUCAUUCAUAACCAGCUUGUUCAACAAAGGAGCUGGAAGGCUCGGCCUCUUAAAUGUUUCCAGAACCUUGGGGCCCUGUUGAAGAGAGAUCCUUCACGCAGCCGAUCAUCUUGCUCCACAGUCAGAUGAGUAAUUAUUGCCUAAAUGCAUGCAGAAUUUCAGUCCUUCAUCAGCUUGAAGUGAAGAAACAUUUUGUGGCAGGUUUCCGCAGUGCAAAAAUAUAAUGUUUUGACUUGGUUUCAUUUCACUUGUUAAACCAUGUCUUUCUGACAUGUUGGGUUUGUUCUUACGUAUGAAGAACUACAAUUUGGCAGACAUGGAUGUAUGACAGGUUCACAGUUUCAAUGUGUUGGAUCCCUCCUUUCCGAUGAGUUAUUUAAGGAAACCUAACCUUUUUAUUGUUCUUAUGAAUCUGUCUGAACUUACAGUUGACUGGCA